GCUGAUUACGUGAAUGCUUGAAUUCUCAUUGACACCCGUGAGCUCACGAACACAGCACAGCACGGGUGCAAAAUCGUGUCUCGCCCACGAGAACUAACACACAUGCGCAAAUGCCUGCAUGCCCCACAAAUAUGUAUAUCAAUCACAUCAGUAUCAUCGACCGGUCUGUCUGUCUGUCUGUCUGUCUGUCGAAUCAAUCAGUGUGGAUGGAAUUAAUCACCGCUCGACCCUCUCACACACACGUAAGAGCAUCUCGGCACUCAUCCUCAUCUGCAACUUGGACAGCUGUGUGUGCGAGAGCCUCGGUAGGUAGACAGAGCACAUCUGCAGCCACUCGUCCCGGUCGCGGUGAUCCUGCUCCUCCUGAUCUGCACAUACAGACAGAGACCGACGGACGGACAAGGAGAGACACACAGACAGACAGACAGAGAAGAUGUGUGCGCCAAUGAGGCUCUUGCGUGUCGACAGCGACCCACCUUACUUACCUUUGGGAGAAAUGACAGGUGGCCCGCCUCCCUGUUUGGCCUACCCACAUACAUGCGAUCGAUGCGCACCGUGCAAUGCACACCCAUCAAGACAGACAUGUGGUUGUCUGUCUGUCUGUGUCGGCACCCACCGCGAUUUCCGUGACUUCUUGCAGUUUCCUUUGUGCCUCGAUCUCGAACUUCUUCCUUUCGUCGGGGUAUUGUGCCAGCAGCCGAUUGAAUGCCGUCCGGGAGAUAACGCGCAUGUCGCAACACGUCAGCGUGCGGAUGGCUGCACACAUGCCAUCGAUCGUGCUAUGCCUGAUGUGUAUGUGUGUGUGCGGGUGUGCGUGUGCGAGUGUGUGUGUGUGUGUUGGAUGGCCCUACUGGCUGUUCGCUUGUUGACGAUGCCGAGCAAAGCGAUCUCACCUGCAUCCACCAGGCCACACACACGCGCACACAUCACGUCUCGUGUGGCUGGGAGGCAGAGAGACGCAACACGCCCACAGACCCCCCCAUUCAUAGGGUCUCACUCACCGAACACGCUCCCGUCUUCGAGCCGCGCCACCCGCUGCGACUUGACAGUGACCUCCACGAGCCCCUUGUUGAGGAUGAACAUGGACCUGCCAUAUGUGCCCUCCUUUAUGAUCACUUCGCCAGGGGAGUAGAACCGCGGCUGCAGAAACGAUAUGAACGACGCUGUGAAGUACGGAUUGCAUCCUGCAGACAGACACAGCGGAGGCAGAUAGGCUGAGAUAGAUGUGGUGGCUGGCUGGUUUCGAGUGCGCUCGUCUGUCUGUAUGUGUGUGCCUUGCCUUGUAGGAAUGGGAUGUUGCUAAGUAUGUCCCUGUUGAUGUAGUUGGUCACUUCGGUGAGGAGCGGUGUGGACAGCUCACUGAGAAUGGUCUUCUCCUCGGCAUGCUCCGCCAUCCCGAGGUGGUGUCUCUUCAUGAACAGAAAGUACUCCCUGAUCUUCUGCUUCAGUGCUGGCGGCAGCUUGUUCUCCUUGAUAAACCUGCACACACGCACACCAUACAUAGGAUGUGCAGUGCACCCACACGCACACUCCAAUAACAUUCACACGCGCGCAACACACACACACAUGUUGAUUCGGUCCAUCCUCAGCCGAAAUCGGUUCUUCUUCUCGUCGAUCUGCGAGUAGAUUUCAAUGAUGUUGGUGAUGCCGUACGCAAAGAGGGACGCACCCAUCAACAUGGCGAAUAUGCAGAAGAUCCUCUCGUCACGGCUGCGGCCAUCCAUUCAUCCACCCACAGAUUAGUGCAGGGUGCUGACACAACCUCCCUCCCUCCCUCCAUCCAUCCCUGUCACCUCUUUCCGGUGAUGUCUCCGUAUCCAAUGGUGGUGACGGUGCUCAUGGCGAAGUAGAACGACGCUGCAUACUUGGCGUCCACACUCGCAUCCUCAUACUCCUUCACCACCACCUGCACACACGCACACACACACACCAUCCAUCCAUCCAUCCAUAGUAUCAAUCAAGGCACACGCACCCACCCAUGAGUCGUCGAAGAAGCUGCCGCUCUGGUCGAAGGAGCUCCGUGCGAGGACAUAGAAGACGCAGCUGGUCCAGUGGCACCACAUGGCCGUGAAGAAGAAGAACUUCAGGAUCGUCAUGACUGAGAACCGCAGUAGCAAAGACUCCUCCAGCCGGGUGAAGAUCCGCAGCAGCUUCAAAAGGCGGACCAGACGGAACAGCUUGAAGAUCUUGAUGAUACGCAGCAACCUGAGAGAGGGAGAGAGAGAGAGACCAGAACACACCAAGACAUCAAGAGGACAUUUGUGUGUGUGUUUGUUGCUGUUUGCCAGCGCAGCGUGCCUGGGCAGCUGAAGGACCGAGAGAGAAGAAGCGCCGGAAGAGAGAAAGAAGAUGAACUCCAACGGGAUGGACGACACCAGGUCGAGCAGGAACCACGUCUUGAGGUAGUGAAUGGCAUUGCGCCGUCUGCGUCGUGCAAUGCAGCCGGUCACAACACAAAUGCCACGGCGUGCCCUGACAUGACAGAGACACGGCAUCUUUGCCCAUUCCAACCCACCCGUCAAUGAUCAGGACUGCAUUCUCCUCAUGCGCGGUGAAGAAAUUGAACACAACUAAAAGCACAGCGAAAACAACAAGAGACACAACACAACCGUUGGCCCUUCCUUCUCCUCUGUGUGUGUCAGUCCAUCCAUCCAUGCCGGCGCACACACACAUACUCACUGUCUGUGAUGAAGAGGACAUCCACGAAGCGAUCGAUGGUGAACCAAAACACUGUCUCGUGUGGAACAUCGAAGCAAAUCUUGAGCGGCGCAACAAUGGCCACAUAGAGGAUGGACAGCAGCAUGAGCAAGUCAAAGUUGAUGCGGGCGGGGUCGAACGGGUUCAGGGCGCACCCCGACUGGCCCUCUUCAAUGUAGAGAGGACGCUCCUCCUCGUCAAGUCGAUUGAUCAUUCCCUGCAGACAUUCAUCCACAUGCAAAGAUGCAUAGAUGGCAUGCAUGUUCGAAAAUGCAUACGUACGUACCAUCUUUGGCUUGUCCUCGCCCCCCCCACCAGCCGCCCCCCCCACGGCAGUGACGGCACUGACCCUCUUGCCCUCCUCCUUAUCGGCACCAGCAGCAGCACCAGCACCAGCUCCCCCCGCCUGAGCCAGAGACAUGAGAGACGACCGCCGCCUGUUGUUGCUGUCCCUUCUCGGCCCAGACACUGGCGUCGCAUCCUCAUCUAUGCCCGCCCCCGUCCCACUUGCAAGUGGCGACUCACUCACCCUCCUCGCCCUCUGCUCUGCGGGAGGACGGUGGGAAGUAGGACUGUGACUCACCCUUCGCUCCCCCAUUUGCCUCGGACCCCGUGGAGCAGCAGCUGGGGGUGGCUGAUCAGAUUCUGCCGUCUCUGGCGGCGCCGGCGGCUCUUGGAGAGGGGGGAAUGGGCCGGGGAUGGGAGGCGGCGGUAGGGAGGCAGGCAGAUUGGGGGAGCCGGCGGAUGAGACAAACUCGAAGCCUGCUCCUGCAUCGGCUGCAGCAGGAUGCUUGCCCUGUGGAUUUGAUGGCUGAGGGCUCUCCUCAUUCUCCUCCGCUUGCGGCGGAUCUGCCGCUGCGCUUGUUCUCCUUUCGUCCGCGGCUGCAGGGGGGCCCGGCCCACCGCUCAUUUUCCAAAUCGUGCACGCGGCGUAUUUGAUUGGACCUAGGGGGUGGUUUCUUGUUGAGACUCGCGGGUGAGAAAAGAG